GCGCGCGGUGUCGGGAGUGCUUCAGUGCCCAGCUGCAGAUGACCCGAACCCGGGCUCGGUGGCGGGUGGCAACAAGGUUUGCAGCUGUACAGUCCCCCCUCAGCCACAUCCGCAUUUGGCACGUGCGCCACCUUCGCAAGAGCUCAACGGCACCGACGACGACCAGGCCUCAAGACUUUAACCCCCACAAUAUCUAACCGCCAUGGGUCGUAUGCACGCUCCGGGAAAGGGCAUUUCGUCCUCCGCCCUCCCUUACCGCCGCUCUCCCCCUUCCUGGCUGAAGACCACCCCUGAUGAUGUCGUCGAGCACAUCAUCAAGCUCGCUCGCAAGGGUCUCACCCCCUCGCAGGUCGGUGUUGUUCUUCGUGACUCGCACGGCAUCCCCCAGGUGCGAUUCGUGACGGGCAACAAGAUCCUGCGUAUCCUCAAGUCGCACGGUCUGGCACCACAGAUCCCUGAGGAUCUCUGGCACCUCAUCAAAAAGGCGGUUGCCGUCCGCAAGCACCUCGAGACUAACCGCAAGGACAAGGACUCGAAGUUCCGCCUCAUUUUGAUCGAGUCGCGUAUCCACCGUCUUGCUCGCUACUACAAGAAGAAGCAGCAGAUUCCUCCAACGUUCAAGUACGACUCGGCAACUGCAUCCACACUGAUCGCAUGAGCGGGAGAUGUUGUAUGGAUUAGGUGGGGGAGGUCUGGGAGCUCCGGACGUGCACGGGUGGUCGACCGAUGUUAUACGGUAUAUUGCCUUUUUACGUGACUCUAUCGCGAUGCGAAACUCAGGCCGUGUGCCUGUCGCUUUUUUUCUGUGUGGUCAGGGUGGUUGAAAUUCCAG